AUGACUUUCGGUGCGUGCUGCUCUCCAAGCAGCGCUCAAUAUGUUAAAAACAUAAAUGCUGAACGGUUCUCUAGGAAAUACGCAGAUGCAGUGAACGCUAUCGUCCAGCAACACUACGUGGACGAUAUGUUGGUGAGCGUAGACUCCGAAGAAACAGCUAUUCGACUAGCUCAGGAGGUAACGUACGUACAUGCCCAAGGCGGGUUCGAAAUCCGUAACUGGGUCAGUAACUCAACAGCUGUUAUAACUGUAUUGAAUCAGCCAAAAGCGAACGCGAAAAGUCUGGAUUUGUCUACUGAAAUAUGCACCGAGAAAGUACUAGGAUUGUGGUGGUGUACAGAGUCGGAUUCGUUCACAUACAGAGUCGGAUGGGACCGAUAUGAAGAAACGUUGUUGAAAGGACUACGUCGACCAACAAAACGAGAAGUGCUUCGAGUUCUUAUGACAAUUUUUGACCCUCUCGGAUUGAUUGCGCAUUUUCUCAUAUUCCUGAAGAUUUUGCUGCAGGAAAUUUGGCGCUCUGGUGUUCAGUGGGACGACACCAUCAACGAUGUUUUGUUCGAUAAAUGGCGAUCCUGGCUGCGUGUGCUACCAACAGUUGAAAAAGUACGAGUUUCCCGGUGUUAUUUUGUUCAAACGUCCUGCGAGUAUCAAGCUGAGUUUCACACCUUUGUCGACGCUAGUGAGAACGGGUUUGCUGGUGUGUCAUUCCUUCGUUUCAUCUGUGGUGAUCAGAUAAAAUGUACCAUAGUUGCCGCAAAAACCAGAGUCGCACCGUUAAAGUUCCAAUCUAUUCCAAGACUCGAACUGCAGGCCGCCGUGUUAGGAGGAAGAUUAGCACAUACGAUUCUAGCAUGUCUCUCAAUUCAAAUUACAAGACGCAUUUUUUGGACUGACUCUCGCGACGUUUUAUGCUGGAUUAAUUCCGAUCACCGUCGUUUUACACAGUUCGUAGCGCACCGGGUUAGCGAGAUUCUCGACAUAACAGAGGCGGAAGAGUGGCGUUGGGUGCCUACGAAACAUAAUGUGGCAGAUGAUGCAACAAAGUGGGAGACUAAACCGGAUCUGACACCAAACAGCAGAUGGUUCAACGGUCCUAGAUUCCUGUGGAAAACCGAAGAAGAUUGGCCACAACAACCAAUACGAAAGAGCUCAACCAAUGAAGAGUUGCGUCCCAAUUUGGUGGCUCACCUGUCGAACCAAUCACCGCUAAUAUGUGUUACUGAUUUCUCCAAAUGGCAACGGCUGAUCAACGUCGUCGGAUUUGUGUUUCGUUUUCCGAACAACUGUCGUCUGAAGAGCAAACAUCAAUCAAUUUGCACCGGACCGUUAUAUUUAGAGGAGAAACGUGCGGCCGAGGAACAUGUGGUCCGUCAAGCCCAACAGGAUGUUUUCCUUGAUGAAAUAACUGCUCUAAGAAAACAACAACUCAUAUCGAGAAGCAGUUCUCUAGUUAAGUUCAGCCCCUGGUUAGAUGACCGAGGAGUUCUGAGGAUGCGAGGCCGAAUUUCCAACUGUGUGUUCAUUACAGAAGAAGCAAAAAAUCCUAUAAUUUUACCCCGUGACCACUACGUUACUACCUUGAUUAUCAUGCAUUACCACCACAAAUUUCACCAUUUAAACCAUGAGACUGUUAUAAAUGAGAUACGACAAAAAUACUCGAUUUCGCGAAUUCGCGUUUGCUACGCCAAGGCUAGAAGAGCCUGUCAACGCUGCAAGAAGGCCAGAGCAGUACCAUCUCCUCCAAUCAUGGCGGACCUUCCAACUGCUAGAUUAGCAGCACAUUCUCGACCCUUUACCCACGUAGGGAUAGACUAUUUCGGACCGAUGGAGGUAGCCAUAGGAAGAAGAGUUGAAAAACGAUGGGGAAUGCUGGCUACAUGUAUGACGAUCAGAGCUGUUCACAUAGAAGUCGUCCAUUCACUAAGCACCGAUUCCUGCAUCAUGGCUAUCCGCAAUUUAAUUGCUCGUCGUGGAGUUCCUCGUCACGUUUACUGUGAUCGCGGAACCAACUUUGUUGGCGCUAGCAACGAGUUGACUAGAGUGGAUAAACUGCUGAACAAAGAAGCCAUCAUAAAAGAGUUUUUGGGUUACGAAAUAGCAUGGUCGUUUAAUCCACCAGCAUCGCCCCAUAUGGGUGGUAGUUGGGAGCGUAUGAUCCGCAGCGUGAAGAGCAAUCUGAUGUCUCUAGAAAUACCCCGUAAACCAUCAGACGAAGUACUACGUAAUGCGCUGACUGAAAUAGAAGGUUCAUUAAAUGCAAGGCCGCUUACACACGUUCCAAUCGAAGAUCACGCGGCUCCAGCACUAACCCCUAAUCACAUUCUUCUUGGAAGCUCUAACGGGACGAAGCCACUUACGUUUUUAGAUGAUAGCAGCGUUGUCGUGCGUCAAUGUUGGCGAACUUCUCAGAUCAUUGCCAACCAAUUUUGGAAACGUUGGCUAUCGGAAUACCUACCAGAGAUAACUAGGAGAACCAAGUGGCAUUCAGCCUGUGUGCUACCGGUGAAGAUCGGUGACGUGGUCAUCGUUGUAGAUCCAAAGUUACCUCGCAAUUGUUGGCCAAAGGGAAGGGUAAUAGCAACUCGUCCUGGCAAAGAUGGAGAAGUAAGAUCCGCAACGGUUCGAACAUCCGGGGGAGUGUAUGAGCGCCCUGUGGUUAAGCUUGCUGUAUUGGACGUUCGCGAUGGAAAGUAA